AUAGUUAGCAGCUUUCUGAUGCUCCAUUUAUGUCUAUUGAUGUCACUAAAGUGGACGUGUAAAAUACUCAAACAUUCCAGUUUUAAAAAGAAAACCAAAUCAACAAUAAAUCGUCUGAAUCCACGUCCAAGUAGCAUUCGCCUCUUAACAUACGUAUACUUGAGGAUCGUGAUGGCUAAAUUACAAGUCCUCACUAGAACGUGACCGGCAAACCUUAGACUUUCCAACAAAUGCUCGCUUUCCCCUUUCGUUUCCAUCGCGGCGCCAAGCGGAGCCGCUGGGACUUUCGUCUUUGAUUACAACGUAUAUGUAUUGUGCAACACCAAACACAAGUCCCGUCAACCAAUUUACACUUACUUGACAAACUAUCUCAACUACUGCGCGUACAGACUGCUUGCACAGAGUAGAAAUUAAACCAAAUCUCUAAGUGCGAACACUAUUUCGUUUUCCAAGCGUGGAUUUUUUUAGUUCGUUUGCUUAGUCUGUACGAGCAUCGAGUGAUCACAAAUUGUUAACACAAAUAAGACGUCAAACGUUCAUUAAGUUGGGUCCAAUACGGUGACAGUUUUUGGACAGUAAUUUGCUGUCAAUCACCGUUUUCAACUUUCUGUUAUAUUGAGAGAAGAUGUGGAUUGAUUGCCAUUGGGUGGUGUAUGUUUCAUUUUUUAACUUGUUUUCCUUCAGAUGGAAAUUUUAGUGCAUAAACAUUGUAAUGUUUGAGUUUCUUCAACAUUAUAAUGAAACAUCGAAAUUAUGGAACAUGGUGUGUUGUGACAAUUUUAUUUGUUUUCAGGUAUUUAGUUAUAUUCAACUUGGACAGAGUAUUACCGAAAGUGAACAGCAGACAGAAGAGAUAUUUGCUAUUUACCUCGUCGACACAAUAUGGAGUAUUUGCGACGGUGUCCGUUCCGUUGCACCCAGAUACAACGACAAGCGUGGCGUGGUUUUAUGAAGCGAAUUAUUACAACGUUGCCAACGCCACAUACUUUCAACCAUUGCUCGGAGACAUCCCGUGGGGCAGAAGUGAAGAUAAACGCAGCACAGAUGACACGAAUGAGUUGCUGACUAGAAGACUACUGUACACUUCCAUCGAAGCUAUGUUGGAAAAAAACAGCUUUCCAGGUCGAGCAUGCCUGUUAAGGGCUAUCUGCGAGGCAGCCGCUUCCCAGUUGAGGGAUAAUGGCGUUUUGGGAGACCUACUGCAUCUUACACUGACGCCUUCAACAUCUAUGGAAGAAACAGAUGUAGAGGACUGUUUUUACGAGGCGGAGUACCGCGGGACACUGCACGACUGCGUCAAAUAUCUUCGUCACUGCCCGAUCAGCCCACUCGACUACAUAUCCGUCCAAACAGAACAACUCUUUUAUUAACGUUAUCAACUUGCAGUCUUAUUGAACUGUCUCUAUGAGGAGAAAAAACUGCCUGAUGAUUCAACUUGAGGAAAAUUCUAGUUUUAGUUAUAAGCUAGAUUUGUUUCCAAUAUGAUACUGAUCUGUCAAAAGUGAUGUUUUGGGUUGAAGACCCACAGAGUGUUACUUUUGACACUGCCAGAUUAGUAUCAUAUCAGUAUCAUAUUGGAAACAGAUCUAAUGACUAAAAUAGAAUUGGUCAGCAAAUCUCUGCCCAAUCGGAACAAAAUAUUCUACAAUAAAAUCGUCAGCUUUAAUGGAUGUUUGGUUUUCUAAGAGGCGAAGGAGCGCGAGCGGGAUCCUACACGACUGCGCCAAUUAUAUCUGAGAAUCUCCAACGAAUAUCUCAUAAACUACAUCUCCAUCAAAACGGAAGCACUUUAGGAACCAUAAUAUGAACUUACAGACUUUAGGGAUAUUCUCUGUGAGGCAGAUACUUGUUGUGCGGUAUUACAAAUCGGCGACAUCUACGACUACAAAACUUUGACACAGAUUUUUUACUAUGCAUAUUGUUGAUAAUUGUAACGUUUUCGUUUGCGUACCACAACCUAAUGAUAUUUUUUGAAGAUUCAGAGACUUCUUGUAAAAGACAUAGGUAGUAAAAACAUUUUUGAAAAAACAUUCUUUUCAACGUAUUUUUGGGCCAACCAUCUCCAGCUACCACUGACUUGACUGCCAAUUUUAUAAAAUAAAAAUAUGUUUUGUCAACCUAGCACUUUUAUUUUACAUAAAUAAUAAGUAUAUUAAAACUUUUUUUUUACUCCAAUUAAAAAUCGUAAUAAUUAAGCUAGUCGGAAUGGUAUCGAAUACCAAUUUCAAAUAUAACGGCCUCCUAUUCUAGUCAGUAGUGAGUAUGAGCAGGAGCUCUGGGUUCGAAUCCUGGUAAGGGUAUUUAUAUGUGUGUUUAUCAUAGAUAUUUUUUCUUCUGGGUUAUGGAUGUUUUCUAUGUAAUUAAGUAUUUAUUUGUAUAUAUCUAUUUAUAUAUAUAUAUAUAUAUCGUCGUCUAGUAUCGAGCGUUAUUGAGCGCACUGUGGGACUAGGUUGAUUUGUGUAAUAUUAUCCCAUAGUAUUUUAUAUGGUUCAAAGGUCGUCCUCAUGAUGUUUCACAAUGGGUAUAUAUUUAUAUAUUUAUGUAUCAUAUUAUUUAUGUACGUAUAAUUUUAUAUAAUUUUCUGGUUUUUUUUUGUCAUUUUACUCUGUAUUCUGACCCUGCACCAAUUAGGAUCUUUUGGUUUGGCUCAUGGUUGAGAAUGCCUUCUGGCAUUAAGUCCGCCAUUUGUACUCUUCAUGUUUUGUGCAAUAAAGUUUAAAUAAACAAAUAAAUAUAUAUAUUAAAUAUAAACAAUCUAGAAACCUAAACGCUAAGAGAAAAAGCCGUUCUAAAUAUGAUAUACGAAGACAUACAGAAUCUACUAAUAAUUGUAAAAUGAUUAUAAGUAAUAUGACUAGAUUUACAAUACGAUAAAUAGGAUAAUAUUAUUCAAUUACUGUAUGAUGUUUAUAAAUAAAUAAAUAAA